AUGGUAAAUGAUCUUCCGGAAGUCGUCAACACGGCUUGCUGCUCUCUGUUCGCGGACGAUCUCAAAUUGUAUAUGCCAAUAAAGUGUAUUGAGGACACUAAAGCACUUCAAAGGGACAUCGAUGCCGUAACGGAAUGGGGUGUUCAGAACAAAUUACUUUUCAACACCUCAAAAUGUAAAGUGGUUACAUUCUCUAGAUCUAAAACACCAAUUUGGGCAGCAUACACUUUGUUAAGUGGUCCUCUAGAGCGUGUAACUGAAAUAAGAGACCUUGGACUAAACCUUGAUUCUAGGCUCGAGUUCCGUCAGCAUAUCAAAGCCAUCUGCAGUAGUGCACAUAAAAUACUAGGUUUUGUGAUGAGAAUAGCGUAUCAAUUUAAUGAUAACAGAGUCCCAGUUCUCCUCUACAAUGCCUACGUGCGGAGUCAAUUAGAAUUCGGAGCAAUUGUAUGGGAUAGUCCCGAAAAGAAGUACGUUCUCAUGGUUGAGAAAAUUCAAAAGAAAUUUUCUAGGUUUAUGUACAAGCGCCAGUACGGCUACUACCCCCUAUUAUAUCCGUCUCGUUUCAUAGCUGGUAUGGUAGGCAUGGACACAUUAGAGCUGCGAAGGAAACUUCUACUCGUGAAACAUUAUACCCUGAUUAUGCGAGGAAAAAUUGAUAGCCCGGCUGCUCUUAGCAGGAUAGGUAUAUCGGUCCCAAAGCUGUGUGUGGACACUGACAGAGGCCUGGUGGCUCCGCGGAGACGCCCUAGGCUAUUCAACGUGCCCGUGACGCGCACCCGCAGUGCACAAAACUGCCCUACAAUUAGAGCACUGACGUCAUUAAAUGCGCUUCUCGCGAAAAAACCCCAUAUUGACGUGUUUGUUGACAGUAUGGUUCAGUAUAUUUUGGAGGUAUACAAUUUUCUGUCGCAUAGUAUUUAA